AUGACGCGACUGGGAGGUUUGGGACACGAAUACAUCUUGCACGCAGCGGGACCUGCUGCUAGCACCAUUGCAUCCACUGAUUUCCCGUUCAUGGAUGGCGCAAGGGAAAGAGAAGAGCCAGAACUGAUCAAGUAUGUCGUCGGGGAUCAUAAGCCGUUGCUUCUGGUAAAGAGAAUAGGAGAAUGCACGAACACUUCGCUUGUGAAGCUUCGAAUUUCAGCAUCAUCCAGACUGGGGAGUCCAAGAGCGUCGACGAUCAGAGCAAGUCGGAAAAGAGCAUUAAGCAGUUCGCCGUAUUCAGAUAGGUUCGACAUCGAUAGUAUGAUUCGCUUCAGUCCGAACAGUUUAGCAUCCAUCGUGAAUGGCUCACGAAGUAGUAGCGCGAGUGGAAGCUAUGGACAUCUCUCUGCAGCAAUGAGCCCGUCAUUAGGCGUGCAUCCUAGUAUGGCACCGCACCUGCAUCAGUUGCAAGCCCACCUCUUGAGGAGCGCCGCAGUCGCAUUUUUACCUGGGCAUCCCCUACAACCGCAAGCGCCACCACCACCACCGCCGCAUCCACAUUCUCACCCCCAUGCUCAUGGAUUGUCCCCUCAUUCGCAAUUAUACCCCGGUGUGCCGCCGAAUUCCACAGCGGCAAUUGGUACUCACGGAGCUGCAGUGCCACCAAGGUGUGAGAAUGCAGAGUCUUGUAGAAGAACGGAGUCAUUGACUCGUUCGGUCACGGCUGAAGCCGACACUUCUUCAAGACGGACCGCCACCAAAGUCAAAAGAGAACCCGUAACAACGACCACUAAUACUACCACGACUACCGCCCCACCAACACAUCCUCAGGGUCUUAGUCCGAGCGAAGAUCUUAGAGACGAACCUGGUGAUUUCAUCGAGACGAAUUGUCACUGGAGGGAUUGUGGUCUUGAGUUUCCUACACAGGUGACACAUGCAGAUUUCUACAUUUUAUAAAGCUUUGAAUAGAACAAUAAGUAAUGGAAAAAUAAUUUUACAUAGUAUUGAGAUAUAUUUUGAAAUUAUUUAGAACAUAAUUAUAACUUCAGGUUCUACAGAGUUAACAAUCAUAUAUUUC